ACCGAUAAUCUCAUUUUCCCCAAAAGCUGCCAGUGAUUUUCCAUUUUCCAUUACCAAAUCCAAUCCCAGAAUCGGAGUUGCCAUGGUCAAGCUAGUCUCCGCUAGAGAUUUCAGGGUCUACGGCCCUCGGCCGCUCCGGAACCGGGCGGAGUACAUCAAUGCCGGCCUCUAUUUGUUCGCCACUAUCCUCCUUCUCGGUGGCUUUGUUGCUCAGCUUUCCCGAGAACCCAAAUCUGGAUUGGCCCUAAUUCUUCUCGCCACUUCCCUAAUUGCCAUCGUUAAUUUGCACGAUCUCUUCGCCCAUCUCGCCGGAAUUGAUCAUCGGUUGCCACUGCUUGUUCAGUACGAUGCCCAGCUUUUUUUUGUGGAAUUUGCUGUUCCGUUUCUUCAGGCGAUUGGGUCGCUGCUCUUGUCUUUGGCUGCACUGUUUCUUCUAAUUCAGGAAAAGAAGGGACACGAUUAUGACAAACUAGAAAAGCAUGCUUCAAAUAUGCUUAUUGCGGGUCCUGCCUUAUGGAUGCUUGGAUCGAUCCACAACUCAUGCCAAAUCUAUGAAAGGGCCGAUGGACAUGUUCAAAUCUUGCAGCAGAGUGUCCAUAUUCCAUUUUUAAUAGGAAGCUUACUGUUUUUUGUUGCAGCAGUUCUCAAUAGCUACGAGCAAGUUGGGUUAGCCCAUCAUGGUCUCAAACUUCUGGGCAAAAACUGGAUUUGGUUAGGUAUCUUUGGGAGCUUAUCACUCUUGUUGGGCGGAUUGGCGAACGUGCUUAAAGUGUUCAAGAUGCAGCAGUUCGAGGGACUACGACUUGAGAAGCUUCGAGGAGGGGCAAACGAGCGGCUUCUUGGGGAAAGAGAAGGCAGGAUUCCUCUGAUUCUAGAGGAUCAGGGUAGGAGAAAACGACACUCGGAUGAAGAAAGAGGAAGGGAAGCCAGACCGACGCCUUAUAAAGAUGUACUCGUAGGCCAAUCACCCUGAAUGUUCUCCUGUAAGUUGGGCGAAAUGGCAUCAGUUUCUAGUCAGCCACAAUUCCGUUACACCCAACCACCGUCAAAGGUUCUCCACUUGAGGAAUUUACCUUGGGAAUGUACCGAGGAGGAACUCAUUGAACUGGGAAAGCCAUUUGGAAAAGUCGUGAAUACAAAAUGUAAUGUUGGAGCAAACAGAAAUCAAGCUUUUAUUGAGUUUGCAGACAUAAAUCAAGCUAUUGCAAUGAUAUCAUAUUAUGCAUCUUCCUCUGAGCCUGCUCAAGUUAGAGGAAAAACUGUCUAUCUGCAGUAUUCUAACCGGCAAGAAAUUGUGAACAAUAAAACAACAGCUGAUGUUCCUGGAAAUGUGCUUUUAGUAACAAUUGAGGGCACUGAUGCACGCCUUGUCAGCAUUGAUGUUUUGCACUUGGUUUUUUCUGCCUUUGGAUUUGUGCAUAAGAUUACUACCUUCGAGAAAACAGCUGGAUUUCAGGCGUUGGUGCAAUUUUCGGAUGCGGAGACUGCCUCAUCUGCUAAGAAUGCCUUGGAUGGGAGAAGCAUCCCUAGGUAUUUGCUUCCGGAUCAUGUUGGACCAUGUUCCCUUAGAAUCACUUACUCUGCCCAUACUGAUUUGACUGUGAAAUUUCAGAGCCAUCGAAGCAGGGACUACACUAAUCCUUAUCUUCCUGUUGCUCCAUCGGCCAUAGAUGGAAGUGGUCAGUUCACCGUGGGUUUGGAUGGAAAGAAACUCGAACCAGAGAGUAAUGUUCUUCUUGCCUCCAUUGAGAAUAUGCAAUAUGCAGUCACCUUGGAGGUUUUGCACAUGGUUUUUUCUGCAUUUGGACCUGUCCAGAAGAUUGCCAUGUUUGAUAAGAAUGGGGGAGUCCAGGCCUUGAUUCAAUAUCCAGAUGUUCAGACUGCGGUAGUUGCCAAGGAAGCCCUCGAGGGACACUGUAUUUAUGACGGAGGGUUUUGCAAGCUUCACAUCUCAUAUUCUCGCCAUACUGAUUUGAGUAUCAAGGUGAAUAACGACCGAAGUCGAGACUAUACAAUUCCAAAUAAUCCUCCCAUGGUGAAUUCCCAACCGCCUGUUGUGGGGCAGCAACAACCACAUCAAAUGAUGGGUCCUUCCACUCAUCAAUACAAUGGAAAUCAGUAUGGUCCUUCCGGAGAGCAGCAGCCUGGGGUGCAGCCUCCACAAUCUUCAGGUUGGGGAUCGGGCGGUCCUGCUGCGCCCUACUCCUCCAUGCCCAUGCACAAUCCUGGUUACAUGCCAUCGGGGACAAUGCCGCCACAGCAUGGUAUGAUGCCAAGCCCCAGUGGUUUACACCAGACACCACCACCACCGUAUCGCCCCGAUCACAGGCAAUAGCACGCAUUGUCUUCUGUUUUAUAGUUGAAUGUUCAUUCAAGAAAACCAACUAAGCUUUUUAAAGCACUAGAAAUGCAUUUUGGCAGAGGAAACAAAUGUGCAUUAAAAUUCGAUGGUUCCGCGAACUACUCUCACUGUUCAGAACAAAUUAGGUCGGUUCAUUUCCCUUUUAUUUUAAGGGAUGUGAAUGAAUGAAUGUAAGAUCCCAAGUGUGAAGAACCGAGCACCUUCCUUUUGCUGUUUAUUGAUGAUCACUGUUUUAUAAGUCUUUCUCUUCCUUUUGCUCAUUCUUAUCACUUCUUGAACUUAAUCCUCAUUUAUGCAAUGUACUUUGUUUCAACUGUGGCUAAACUGAGUUGUCUCUCCCCCAGGCUGAUGAAACAUUGUAUUGACGGCACUUUAUCUACAUCUAAAAUUGUGUUUUUUC